GCGGGUAAUUUCCGGAGAUCUUUCUUGGAAAAUCUACUUGCGUUCAUACAAGUUUGUACGCGUCUAUUUUAUCAAAAUGCAAUCGAAGUAGUGAAAACGUUUUCUAGUCAAAAUUAAAUAUGUCCACUACGGUAGAGAGAUCUUCAGACUCUCCCUGGAGAAAGAGACCAAGAGAUGACGACUUGGAAUUGGACAUAAAAGAGCUAAAACGGCCGAGAAGUUACUAUUUUCGGCUGGCUAGCGAAAGCUCGAAGGCAUCCGAAGAUGACACGGAGAGCAUUUAUAGUCUACAGGACAAGGAAACUGAUGUGGUGAGGGAUACCUCGGAUACGGAAACGCAGGACGACUCGGACUUGGACAAGUACGAACUGGAGUUUGAGUACGAAGUGGCGAGUUUGUCGGACGAUGCCGAAACUUAUCAUUUUUCUUCUAGCGAUCCAGAGGACAUGGUAUUAGCGGCAGCCGUAUCAGUGAUCUGCGACAGCGACCUGGAGGUCUGGGUGACCGACGUGGAGGACUCUGACAGCUCGUCGGACGAAACGUCUUUGGGUAGGACAGAUUUUACGAGUUGUGUGCAGUGCAGAGGUGAAAACGACAACCCUCUUUUCAGAUAUUGUGAAAAAUGCUUUCAGAGCUGCCGGCUGUGCAAGAUGCAUAAGACGUACAAAUGUUUCCCCUUGUGCCAAGCGUGUUAUCAGGACCGUAAGAAAUUUUUCCCGCCGCGGCCGAAGCGCACCCGCAGGAGGAAAGCCAACGCCAAAACGUCGCUGGGAACGACGACGCGGGAUUCCCAGGAAGCCAUCAAGCUGUCGACGUUACAGAACUGUCUGAGCGGACUGUCGCAGGACUCGGGAGUGGGAUCGAGCCAGGAGUGCCCGCCGCUGAACUUCGAUAGGAUCUGCGUGCCGGAGGACGUGAGGAGUAGUAAAGGUAAUUCGAAAAACGAAGACAUAUCCCCUUCCACCUCUCAGUCUUUAACGGAACUCGAACAGUACGAAUCCGAUACAUCUAAAGAUCCGAAGCCAUCUAGCGGUAAGGAAACAAGCUCCAACUUUGGCCGUAAACGCCUUAGGUCCGAGAGUACUAGCGACGAUUCGGGGACCGAAUCAUCGAAAAAACCGAAAACCGCUCGCGAUUUAGGCUAUACGUCGAGCUCGACGCCGUCUAUCGGCGAGAAGUCGAGCCUGUCGGCCUUUCCCGUCGACAAGUCGAGCUUCUCGUCGGAAUCGAGCGGUUUUAGUUCGGGCGCGUCGCAAGAGAGGGCGUCCGGUUCGGAAUUCGACCGGUCGGAGGCGGAGCUGUGCAUGUUCUGCAACAGCGCGCCCAAAGACAGCAUCUUCUUGCACACGAACAUCGCCCACAGGUGUUGCUGUUACGAUUGCGCGAAGAAAACGAUGAAAUCUAUUAAACGGUGCCCGAUCUGUAACAGGUCGGUCAACAAGGUCGUCAAAAUAUUCACUUCUUAGGAUGAUAUAAUAAUAUACUGAUAAUAGGUUUGUUCCAACAUAGUAGAGAAUCGUUCUUGGUACGGUUACGCUUAUGCGUUCCAACAACGAGAGAAUCGUUUAAUGAACGAUAACUUUAAAAAUCGUUUGUGAAGCGUAUUCGGAACGGUCAUUUCAAUGCCAGCCUAAAAGCAAGAAUCAGAAGAAUUGACCUGCGUAUUAAGACUGUGUGUCAACUGAUUAUUGUUUUUCUUUUAUUUCUUUAGCUAUUUGCUGAUUCCUUAAGUUUUAUUUGGUAUGUAUUUUAUCGUUUUUAAACAUAUAAAGAUUUUUAUAUUUUUGUACUAAAUAUGAGUGACGUAACAACAGGACAGUGAUAUACCACUAAAGAUGAUUUAAAAUUUUAGUAAAUAAAGCAAAGCUAAUUUCAUAAUUAAAUAUUAUAUUUAAUGUUAUAACCUGUUAUAACCAACAUUUAAUUUUGGUAUAGUAACAGAACUGUCUCAGUCGACACAUGCGCACAAAUUUGAUGUCAAAGGUCCCAAUUAUCGUUCUAGAACGGUAAAAAUUUCUGUGUUGGAACAAACCUAAUGUUUAACUUGGUUCGAGUGCUACAAUUUUUGAGUUUUCUAAUUUUCUAAAACAAAAAUUUUUAAUAAUAUGACUCCUGUUCUGCAUACAUUUUCUCAUUAUUGCAACGUUAUAAUUUUUUUGUAUCUUCCCCUCAUAUUUUUUUAUGAAAUGCCGCUUUUAACAACAAAAAUCUCGUUAUAAAGUAGACGCAAAACAAAUUCCGACCAAAUUUUGAGGUUACAUGAAGACAAUGGCUGUGUUCUUAUUAGUCUCUGUUAAUAAUUUCUAAACAGAAAAACAAGUAAUGUACUUUGGAAACUAUUUAGAUGUUUUUACAACUCGUAAGGAUUGGAUGAUAUCAAGUUAAUCAAAAUGAUCAGGUAGAUUAUCUAGUUAAGUUUUUCUAUUGGUGCAAACUACACAGUGGGUAUGUAUUCGUCAGAUGGGCUAGACAAGCUUGACAGUCGCAUAAACACACCGUCUCGUCUAUAACCAGUAUAGUCCAAGUAUAAUUUUUUAACCUAUGAUUGUAAUAUUUGGUAUUAGAACAACUUAUUUUGAAACAUUUUUUUGAAUGACAACUUGAUUUGUAGAAACAUUUACAGUACUUGACUUAUAUUAAGCUUAUUUAAUUAAAUGAAUGAAGCUAAACCAUUUUAAGUAAAAAAAAAAGUAUAUUACUGAUAUAAUAACAAAACAUUUAACAGAAAAUUAUAAAACAUGUAUGUAUAUUGCAAUCUGGAACCAAUUUACUAUGUGUAGUAAGUUUAAAUUGAAUACCCUAUAAGAGCAAAACGGUCAAAAUCAAUUUUGGUCACUGUGGACAACCUGUAGACAUAACAUACUAUACUAACUAAACAGUGUUGCCAGAAAUUUCGAAUUCCUUCAAUACAGAGCCUUAAAAAACCUUCAUAUUCCUUCAACUUCACCAAAAAUUCCAGAUCUUGUGAAAAAUCACCAAAUUUCGUGUAUUUUACCUAUUUUCUAAUCAGGAGAAAAUUUUUAAAAACUUAUUUCUGGUAAUUUUUGGAUAGCGAUGUAUUUAGGUACAUAAACUUUUUAUUAAAAAAAAAUAACACGAUCAAAUAUGCCGUGAUAGAUACUCGACAGCAGUAUUAUAAAGUAUGUUUCAAAAAAUUCAUUGCUUAUAAUGCCUGAACCCAUUGCUUAUAAAUAUGACUGCCUGAACAGAGAAUAAUUAUUAAUCAUACAAGACUCCAUUUUCCAUUUACAUAUUUAUUUCUUUUCAAUAUCAAUAACUUUGGUUUACCUAUGAUAUGUGUGUAAUAAGAUGUGUUGAAAGAUAAAAACGUAUCUUAAUUUUGGAUAAAAAUCCUUCAUCCCUUCAUUCGACGAAAGUUGACUGUAAAAUCCUUCAUAUUGAAGGAAAUCAUUCAAUUCUGGCAACACUGUAACCAAAGAUGCUUGAGCCAAACUCGGCUGUCUUAAGGAGAAACACAGUAUAUGUAUUUUUUUCUAAAUAUAAUUUUUAACAUAUCGUCAAAAUUUAGAUUUACAGCAAAAUAACGAAGAUACAGACUAAAAAAACAGUAUCUUCAAUGUGAUCGAGAUAACAAAGCAACUUUUACUCUUAAUUUCUCACAAAAACAUUUUUAUCAUAUAGUGUGUUUUUCCUUAUUACAUAUAUUAUCUCAAAUAUGCCAAUUUUGGACUUAAUAAUUUGUUUCUAGGGUACAGAUAUGUAUUUUCAUGAAAUUCGUAGGGAAGUGUCAGGAAAUAAUGGAAAAAGUGACAACGUCAAACCAAUGGCAGCAGAACCGUUAAAUAUAAACGCCUAUUAAAAUUGAAAAAGUGUUAAUUAAUGUUUGACAAUAACAUAGAAUUAAAUAGGCGUAACGUAAGUCAUCUAUUGACUGUGUUCAUCGGAAAUUGUUUUGCGUUUACUUUAUGUUUUUUAACAAUUUGUUAAUUAUGUUUAUCAACGUUAUUUUUUCAUAAUAACUUGUACUAAUAGCGUCGGUUUGUGUAUUUUUCGAAGGUAUUACGGGCUAAAACGAGACAAAUUUGUUAAUUUUGAUAUAUUUUUGAACCUAGUUCAAUCAAACCAACCAAAUUAUAUUAUAAAUCCAAAUUUCCUUUUUUAGAAUAAUUGUAUAUUUUUUCCUUGUAUUUGCACUAUGAUCGUUUCUUUAAUUAAGAAAAUUUGAUAUAUUGAAAAAAAAAUAAUAGGUGUACAGAAGAAAUUAAUAAUUUAUUUAAUGAAUAUAGAUAUUUAAAAAGACUCUACAAAAAUUUAAGAGUCUAAGACUGAAGCGUUUUUUUUUCUUGUUUGUUUUUAUUGUAAAUAAAAUAUUUAAUAUCAUUUUAAAAAUCGAUAAAGUAAUAUAUUAUUCUAAUUUUCAGUUAAUAAAAGCUCUUAAAUUUUUGAAGAGGUUAUUAUUGUUAUUUUUAAUAAUUACGUGUGUGGCUUAAGGCUAUUUAGAACGCUUGUUUUUUGAAAUCCCUUAAAAAAACAAGUUGUAUGACUUUUUGCCUUUAGAUUCUCCCCUUUUUGAUUAUAAUUUUUCAAUUAGAUUUGUUUUGAAUUGAUUUUUAUGCUUUAGUUUCAUAAAAAUACUAAUUCGAUCUUUUGUAAAAAAAUUUUAGGCCGGUUUUUAUUUUAAAAAAAAUCAAAAAAGAAAAUGUGAAUUUGAAAUUACUUUUUCUAAUUUUUCCCAAUCAUGAAAUGAUUUGUGCAAUUUCGAUUAUUAGAAACAAUAAAAAUUUCCUUUUCAAACU